AAAGACGCCGAGGAAAGUGCCAAACUGACUGCCCCUUCCUGUAUUCCCUAAAAAAAACAAGCAGUGCUGGAUUACAUGUUUUCAGUGAGAUAGUUUAAGUUUAAUCUUUAACCACCUAAAGAAGAAGACCCGCAGCCAAACUGCUCGGUGUGCACGGACGUCCGAGGAAUGGCGUUGUUUUUACUCGGAGGACGUUUCUUUAAAUGCAGAACCGACAUUAAGAGAGUCACGACAUCGACCCAGCUGUUCUGCUCUUCGGUGGCCUCGGGCAGGCGGCAUGUUAAUGGAGUGGAUCUGUACUACGAGCAGACAGGCAGAGGGAAACAUGCUGUGCUGUUGCUUCCUGGAGCUCUGGGGUGCACUCGGACUGAUUUUGGACCUCAGCUGAAGUCUCUGAAUAAGGAGCGCUAUACUGUAGUGGGCUGGGAUCCUCGUGGUCACGGACAGUCCCGCCCCCCAGACAGAGACUACCCCCUGGACUUCUUUGAGAGGGAUGCGAAGGACGCAGUGGAUCUGAUGAAGGCAUUAGGCUUUGGCAAGUUCUCUCUGCUGGGGUGGAGUGACGGAGGAAUCACCGCUAUGAUUGCAGCAGCGAGGCACCCCAACGUGAUUAGCAAGAUGGUUGUAUGGGGAGCCAACGCCUUUGUUUCCCAACAGGACCUCAAGCUUUACAAUGCGGUCCGAGACGUCUCCAAUUGGAGUGCGAAGAUGAGGAAACCCAUGGAGGAGAUGUAUGGAGCAGAAGCCUUUGCUAAAAUCUGGGAGGCCUGGGUGGAUGGGAUCGCACAGUAUGCAAAAAGACCAGAAGGGAGUAUCUGCCUGGAGCUUCUGCCCCUAAUCAGCUGUCCAACCUUCAUCAUUCACGGAGAGAAAGACCCCAUGGUGCCCAGCUUCCACCCACAGUGCCUCCUCAAACACAUCAAGGGAUCACAAUUACACUUGAUGCCAGAGGGUAAACACAAUAUCCACCUGAGGUACGCUGAUGAAUUCAACAAACUGGUGGAAAACUUCCUGGAAGACAAUUAAUAAAUGAAUGAAUCAAUUUUUUAACACUGUCAAAUAAUAACUGAUCUUUUUUGUGGAGAAGAACCAGGGUGACUGCAAAUAAUUACGCUAAGAGACUUAAUUUUGAUACAUGUCUAAAUUCCACUCUGUUUUUUGAGGCAUCAAUUGUUAUAUAUUACUUUAAAAAGGUCAAUGUUAUUUUUUUCAAGUAAAUCACUUAUUUCUCAUUUUAUGUAACUUCAUAACAUUUGUUGUAUUUGUGGUUUCAUACAAUGUUAGAAAACAAAGAUUAAUGCAAAGCUAAACUAUAUUCAUGAACAGUCAGUGACAUCAGAGGCUACUUUUGGUGAUUUCAAGUCUAAUUUUAAUGAUUUCACACUGGAAAUGAUUUAUUAGUAUUAAAAGAAAAUAUUACUUACAACUUAUAAGCCCUUCUUUAAAGUGGUGGCUAAGUUAAGUUACAAGAUGAUUUAUACUUAAUGUUUAGUUUACUCAAUAAGUAGUGGUGGAAUGUAACUAAAUACAUUUACUGAACCUGAGCUUCUUGCAAUUUACUUAACUAUUUCCAUCAUGUGUGACUUUAUACUCCACUAUGUUUAUUUGACAACUUAAGUUACUGAUUACUUUGCAGAUUCAGAAUAUUAUUACAAAAUAUAAAUCAACAUAUAACGUAGGCCA